AUGGAUACAUCAAGCACACCCUCACAUGAGAGUCUAUGCGCCGUCAGGCCAGCAAAGCCAACAUCGAAACAAAACUCGCACAAGAUCUUUUACGGCUUCCUCGGCUGCGGGCUGGCAGGAAGUCUAAGCACAUCGACUCUGGAUAUGCCUCGGAAGAGAGGUAUGAAGGAACAGAAGAAAGUGUACCAACAAUGCAGGGACGACCAAGAGAAGCAUGAGCAAAAAGAGCAAAAGAAGAUCCCCGAGCGACUCCGCAAAGGCUUCAAAGACAUUUUGAAGAUCCGAACAAGACUCCGCCGACACCGAUACGCAGUCAAGCCAGGAAGCCCUCCAUUAAAGCAACCACCGUGCUGCCCGCACGGGGAUGAGGAGCGAUCCAAGACAACACGCAAGGGAAAACAGAACAAGAAGAAGAACGACAGCAAUGAGGGUCUCGGCGUCUACGAGUCCGGGCAGAUGAGCCGGGGUGAGAGAUACAGGGCGCGCCUGUGGGGUCCGACAUCGAAGGAGGCGGGACAGAAGGCGGUGUGCGAAGAAGCACGCUGCAGCUCGACGGCGACGAAUUAUACGUCAAGCGUUGCAUCGGACGAAGUCGACGCGGAGAUGGAAAGGCUCCUCCAGAGGGUGCAGGCCAUCGAGUGGCGGAACAAGGCUCUGAUUGCAUCGUUGGGUGUGAAGCCCAGCAGGGUGAGAAGGGAGCACCCUGAGGAGCCUUGGGAAGAAGGAAAUCGGGUUCGGCACUCUUCUAUCGAAGGGGUGAGCAGUGGGGGCAAGAGUCUCGGCACUGCUGCACUGAAGGGGACUGGUUGA